CGGAGAGUCCGCGCGAAGCCUCGGGGACGCGCGGGCGCGCUGUCCUGCGGCCCAGGCCGCGGGUUCUGGAGUUGUGGACACAUGACAAGAACUGGGUUACUCUGUUCCUGCCUUUUGCGCCUCUGGAAGAGUGUAGAGGCAUGCACUUAAACUGGCCCACCUCCCAAAGAAACAGCCUGAGUUUUUCAUACCAAAUUCUAGGAGCCCCCAGGUCCUUGUGCUUCAGGGACAUGCCAAGUUCCUAAAGGCAGGUAAUUGUGAUCUGAGAGGGACCACCCAACUGUGAAGAAGUUGCAACAAUUUCCUUACCAGAAGUGGACAGUCGCAGUCAGGCCGGCAUGCCACAGCAGCUCAUGAUCACCCUGCCCACUGAGACCAGCGCCUGGGUGAAGUUGCACCAUCCAAGAAAGGCUGAGGAGGGGGCACCCCUGUGGGAGGAUGUGACUAAAAUAUUUGAAGGAGAAGCUCUGCUAUCUCAGGGUUCUGAUGAGACCCAGGGAGAAGGUUUAGCAGAUGAAGUGAUUCCUGGACUCUUGACAACAGAAUCCGAGAAACUGUUGAACUUCAAGGACAUAUCUGUGGACUUCACCCAAGAGGAGUGGAAACAGCUGGCCCCUGCUCACCGGAACCUGUACCGGGAAGUGAUGCUGGAGAAUUUCAGGAACUUGGUGUCAGUUGCAGGAUAUCCGCUCUCCAAGCCUAGUGUGAUCUCACAGUUGGAGAAAGGAGAAGAGCCAUGGAUGACAGCAAAAGAAGAUCUAGGAAAUCACAAUGCAGACUUGAAGAGUAAAACAGAAACUAGCAAGUCAAUGUCAAAGAAUGACAUAUCCCAGGAACAAUUAUAUCAUGGCAUUAUGAUGGAAAGGCUCAUAGGCAAUGAUAUCAUUUACUCUGCACUAAGAAAAGUCUCCAGAUAUGAUGCUUUAGAAGGGCACCAGGAAAACUAUCAGACAGAUGUGAGACAAGCCAUUUUGACCCACAAAAAGAGAAGCCAAGAAGCUAAGAAAUUUGGGGGAAAUAGUGUGAGUUCAAAUGAUAUUUUAGAGCAGAAGCACUAUAAAUGUGACACUUCUAGAAAAAAGAACAAAUGCAAAUUAGAUCUGAUUAAUCAUUCAAUGAAUUGCAUAAGAACAAAAAUCUAUGAAUGUAAUAUAUGUGAAAAAAUGUUCAAACAGCCCAUUCACCUUACUGAACACAUGAGAAUUCAUACUGGUGAAAAACCUUUCAGAUGUAAGGAGUGUGGAAGGGCCUUUAGUCAAAGUGCAUCUCUUAAUACACACCAGAGAAUCCAUACUGGUGAGAAACCCUUUGAAUGUGAGGAAUGUGGCAAAACCUUCAGACAUCGCUCAUCACUUAAUCAGCAUCACAGAACUCACACUGGGGAAAAACCUUAUGUAUGUGAUAAAUGUCAGAAGGCCUUCAGUCAGAACAUAAGCUUGAUCCAACAUUUGAGGACUCAUUCUGGAGAGAAACCUUUUACUUGCAAUGAAUGUGGAAAGACCUUCAGACAGAUUAGACACCUUAGUGAACAUAUAAGAAUUCAUACUGGGGAGAAGCCCUAUGCAUGCACUGCGUGUUGUAAAACUUUUAGUCAUAGAGCAUAUCUAACACACCACCAAAGAAUCCAUACUGGAGAGAGACCCUACAAAUGUAAAGAAUGUGGCAAAGCUUUUAGACAGAGGAUACAUCUUAGCAACCAUAAAACCGUUCAUACAGGAGUGAAAGCAUAUGAAUGUGACCGCUGUGGAAAAGCUUACAGGCACGAUUCAUCCUUCAAGAAACAUCAAAGACAUCACACUGGGGAAAAACCUUAUGAAUGCAAUGAAUGUGGAAAAUCCUUCAGCUAUAAUUCAUCACUUAGCCGACACCAUGAAAUACACAGAAGGAAUGCAUUCCGAAAUAAUGUGUAACAAAUGAUAAUAUGAGAAUAAAAUCCAAAUCUAAAUCAGUUAUUCUAAAACUUUAAAAUUUCAGAAUUCAAAUAAGUUUGAGAAACUGGUGUGAGGGUAACAUUUAAUUUGUCCAUUGUGUAAAUAAAUACUAUAUUCAUAAACUGCUGACACUCCUAUUCAAAAAUACUUAAUAAAAUCUGGUCCCUCAAAUUCAUCAUUACAAAAAAUUUGCAACAUUUUUUUUUCUCACUUCAUGGUAGAUUAUUAUAAAAUUCUCAUAGGCAUUCA